AUGAGAUCGGGUUUGUUAUUCUGCAGCAGUACUGUGCUUAUACCUCAGCGAUGUCCCAUUCUGCUGCAAGGGUGGUUGGUGUAUGCCCUAUGUGGGAACCGUCACUUGUCACAAGCUGAAGCUGGGUGUGCUGCUGUUGAGGAAGAGGCCUUAGCUGUCACGUGGUGUCCCAAGAAGGCCAGGCUACUCCUGUUGGGCUGCCCCAACUUAUUGAUUGUGACUGACCACCGCCCGCUGGUCAAGCUCCUGGGUGAUAGGGAGCUGAAGGAUAUACUGAACCCAAGACUCUUCCGUCUCAAGGAGAAAACCCUGCAAUACAGGUUCCAGGUAAGAUACCUACCACGGAAGAGGAACUGCGCUGCUGACUUUUUAUCACAUUUCCCUGCUCUCCGUUGUGAACCAGAUGACAAGGACUCUGAACUCGAAGAGGAUAUGGCUGUUGCCCUUGUCGCUGCUUCAGCCACUGCCCUUGAGCAAGAAUGCCUCAUACUUGACGAGGAGAGGGUCAAAGUAGCAGCCUCUAAAGACCCUGUAUACCAGUUGUUGGUAGCUAAAGUGGCAGCAAAUGACUGGCGCCCACAGAAGGCACAGGAGUUGGCCUGCCUACGUCAGUUCUAUGCAGUUAGGGACAGGUUAUCUAUGGCAGAAGACCUGAUAGUCUACACUUAUGAGCAAGGAUGCCCACGUCUGCUCAUCCCAGAGGAACUUCGCCUUCAAGUCAUCACAGGCCUUCACGCAGGACAUCAGGGGGUGAACUCCAUGCUCCGCAGGGCUAGGCAAUCAGUUUACUGGCCAGGCAUGGAAGGUGACCUGCAGAGCCACAGGGAUGGAUGUGCCUCUUGUGAUAUACAUGCUCCAUCGCAACCUGCUGAACCAUUAGUACUCACAGCACCCCCAGAAUACCCAUUCCAGUCAACGGUGGUGGACAUGCUACAGUUGGAGGGCCAUAUGUACAUGGCCUAUGCAGACAGGCUCACCGAGUGGCUGGAAGUCGCACACUUUCCACAUGGUACAACGUCAUCAAGAAUCAUAUCAGUGUUGAGGACGUACUUCACCAGAUGGGGAGCUCCAGAGCUAAUCUCGACAGAUUGGGGCACAAACCUCAUUAGCGAAGAGACCACAUCAUUCUUCAGAAAGUGGGGGUUUACUGUACGCCUUUCGUCAGCCCAUUACCCCCAGUCCAAUGGAAGGGCUGAAGCAGCAGUCAAGACCGCCAAGAGGAUCAUCAGGGCAAAUAUAGGCAAAGGAGGCAGCCUCGAUUGCAACAAGGCAUCUCUGGCAAUUCUUCAGUACCUCAACACCCCUCCUAAGGGGUUCAACAAGUCACCAGCACAGCUUGCCAUCGGUAGGCAGCUCAGAGAUGGAGUGCCAACGCCCCAGACAUCAUUACAAGGUGGAGAGACACUGGGACGAGAUCAUCCAGAAGAGGGAACUACAAAUGGCAGAGUCCCUAAAGGAGACCCAACCACUUGCUGGGACCAGGGAGCUUCUACCCCUUGUUGUAGGCUGCAGGGUAAGAGUGCAGGAUCCUGUAACCAAAACCUGGGACCGAUCUGGGUCGGUAGUGGAGUCCAAGGGCCACCGACUGUAUCUUAUUAG